CUCCAGGAGCCCAAAGGUCUCCUCUCACUAAUCUUCACCUGCAUCACCCCCUCCUCCGGCUCUCCCAGUCUUUCUUCUCUAAGAAGCAGGCACUCCGGUGAGGAGCCAUGGAGCACGUUAGCAGCCGGCCCGAGGACUUCCCACUCAAUGUGUUCUCUGUCACCCCGUACACACCCAGCACCGCUGACAUCCAGGUGUCGGACGACGACAAGGCAGGGGCCACCUUGCUCUUCUCCGGCGUCUUUCUGGGAUUGGUGGGGAUCACGUUCACUGUCAUGGGCUGGAUCAAGUACCAGGGGGUCUCUCACUUUGAAUGGACCCAGCUCCUGGGGCCCAUCCUGCUGUCCGUCGGGGUGACGUUCAUGCUGAUCGCGGUGUGCAAGUUCAAAAUGCUCUCCUGCCAGUUUUGCAAAGAGACCGAGGAAAGGGCCCUGGACUCAGAACAGACAGCGGGAGGACAGUCGUUCGUUUUCACUGGCAUCAACCAGCCCAUCACCUUCCACGGGGCCACCGUGGUGCAGUAUAUCCCUCCUCCUUAUGCCCAGGAGCCCCUGGGGAUGAACACCACCUACCUGCAGCCCAUGAUGAACCCCUGUGGCCUCAUCCCUCCUGGUGGGGCCCUGGCCGCCUCGCCAAGUCCCCCUCAAUACUGCACCAUCUACCCUCAAGACAACGCUGCGUUUUCAGAGGGUGAGGACCACCCUCCUUUUGUGCUUGGUGGAAAUGACAGGCCCAGUCCUGAUGCCCACCGGGUAGAGGGGAUGCAGCUGGAAGAUGAGGAGUGUGCCUGCUUCUCUCCCCCACCCUACGAGGAGAUAUACGCCGUCCCUCGCUAGAGACCGCGACGCCAGGGGAACAAACCUUCGAGUCCUUGUGAUGCGUGCCUGGCGCGUUCUAUGCUGUGACCUUCGGGAGUUAAGACACCAGGGCAGCCCAGGCAGUCUGACAGAUACCAUGCGAGGUGAGAAAGGAAGUGGGAAGCAAAAUAUCUCAAACGGGCAAAUUAGACUGGCCUGAGACAAUUCCCCUGUAGUACAGCCUCGAAUCCCCUAAGGUAAGAAAUCGUCCACAGGCCAGGAGGUCACUCAGUAGUAGAGCAUGCGCAAGGACCUCUCCAUAUGUCCCCCACUUCCCCACCUUCCACCCUGUGCCCACUUGAACACAUUAGUGUCCGAGUUUUCCCUUGAGCAACCAAGGGAGAUUCCACAGUGGUGGGAGUCGGGGAUGAAGGAAAUCUGGGAGACCCACCAGGAGGUUUACCAGCACCUGUGCUGGGCCCUGAUACGCACUUAAAUAUCCCAAACCCCUUGGUUGUCACCUGAUCUCUCUGGAAGACUUUGGUUCUUGCAAAGACUGUAACUGAAGAACAAUGAACAAACACGACUAGAUCAACACAGUGGAAUAAGGUCAUGUCUCCUGUUAGAAUAGCAUCGGAUCGCUGGCUCGGCCAUAUGGAGGAAACAGUAACGGGAUGAUGAUGUGAAUAAAUCCAUGUUAUCACGGUCA